CCGGCCGCUGAGCGCAGCCCGGAGGCUGCAGGCCCGACCCGGCCUCGGAGCGAAAGCCGCCGCGGCCUGGGUCCCCUCGCCCAGCCUGCGCCCCGCCGCCGACGCUGCCGCCCGGCCCGAGCAUGGAGACGGCGGAGAAGGAGUGCGGCGCCCUGGGAGGGCUCUUCCAGGCCAUCGUCAACGACAUGAAGAGCUCCUACCCCAUCUGGGAGGACUUCAACUCCAAGGCCACAAAGCUGCAUUCCCAGCUGAGGACCACUGUGCUGGCUGCUGUGGCCUUCCUGGAUGCCUUCCAGAAAGUGGCUGACAUGGCCACCAACACCCGAGGGGCCACGCGGGAUAUCGGCUCGGCGCUCACGCGCAUGUGCAUGCGCCACCGCAGCAUCGAGACCAAGCUGCGGCAGUUCACCAAUGCGCUCCUGGAGAGCCUCAUCAACCCACUGCAGGAGCGCAUCGAGGACUGGAAGAAGUCGGCCAACCAGCUGGACAAGGACCACGCAAAAGAGUACAAACGAGCCAGGCAUGAGAUCAAGAAGAAAUCUUCAGACACGCUGAAGCUGCAGAAGAAAGCACGCAAAGGGAAAGGAGACCUGCAGCCCCAGCUGGACAGUGCCCUGCAGGACGUGAACGACAUGUACCUGCUGCUGGAGGAGACGGAGAAGCAGGCGGUGCGCCGGGCCCUGAUUGAGGAGCGUGGCCGCUUCUGCACCUUUAUCACCUUCCUGCAGCCUGUGGUGAACGGCGAGCUGACCAUGCUGGGAGAGAUCACCCACCUGCAGGGCAUCAUCGAUGACCUGGUGGUACUGACCGCGGAGCCACACAAGCUGCCCCCCGCCAGCGAGCAGGUAAUCAAAGACUUGAAGGGCUCAGACUACAGCUGGUCCUACCAGACCCCACCCUCAUCGCCCAGCAGCUCCAGCUCCCGGAAGUCCAGUAUGUGCAGCGCCCCCAGCAGCAGUAGCAGUGCCAAGGGUGGCGGAGCCCCGUGGCCUGGGGGUGCCCAAACAUACUCACCUGGUUCCACCUGUCGCUACCGCAGCCUGGCACAGCCGGCCACCGCCAGCGCCCGCCUCUCCAGUGUCUCCUCCCACGACUCUGGCUUCAUCUCCCAGGAUGCCACCUACUCCAAGCCCCCCUCGCCCAUGCCUUCAGACGUCACCAGCCAGAAGUCCUCCAGCUCAGCAUCCUCCGAGGCCUCGGAAACCUGCCAGUCCGUCAGCGAGUGCAGCUCCCCUACCACGGACUGGGCCAAGGCCGGCCCCCACGAGCAGCCCUCAGGCAGCACCCUGCAGCGGAGGAAGGACCGAGUGGAGCUCCUCCGAGACACAGAGCCAGGCCCGGCUGUCGGGGGCACCCUGGGCCCCAGUGGAGAGGAGGCCCCGCGACCCCGCAUGUCCCCUGCCACCAUCGCAGCCAAGCACGGUGAGGAGGUGUCCCCCGCGGCCAGUGACCUGGCCAUGGUGCUGACCCGCGGCCUGAGCCUGGAGCACCAGAAGAGCAGCCGGGACUCCCUGCAGUACUCGAGCGGCUACAGCACACAGACCACCACGCCCUCCUGCUCCGAGGACACCAUCCCCUCCCAAGGCUCCGACUACGACUGCUACUCAGUGAACGGGGACGCAGACGGGGAGGGCCCACCCGAGUUCGACAAGUCAUCCACCAUCCCUCGCAACAGCAACAUCGCCCAGAACUACCGCCGCCUGAUCCAGACCAAGCGCCCGGCCUCCACUGCGGGGCUGCCCACCGCCGGGCUGCCCACCACCUCGGGCGCACCCCCUGGCGUGGCCACCAUCCGCCGCACGCCCUCCACCAAGCCCGCCGUGCGCCGCACCCUCUCCAGCGCCGGCCCCAUCCCCAUCCGGCCACCCAUCGUCCCCGUGAAGACGCCCACGGUGCCCGACUCCCCCGGCUACGUGGGGCCCACGCGGGCGGGCAGCGAGGAGUGUGUCUUCUACACCGACGAGGCCGCCUCGCCCCUGGCCCCGGACCUGGCCAGGGCCUCCCCGAAGAGGCUCAGCCUGCCCAACACAGCCUGGGGCAGCCCGUCCCCCGAGGCCGCCAGCUACCCGGGGCCGGGGGCCGGGCUGGCGGCUGAGGGCGACGAGCAGCAGCAGCAGCAGCUGGCUGCCAACCGGCACAGCCUGGUGGAGAAGCUCGGGGAGCUGGUGGCAGGUGCCCACGCCCUGGGCGAGGGCCAGUUCCCUUUCCCCACUGCCCUGUCGGCCACCCCUGUGGAGGAGACUCCCACCCCGCCCCCCGCUGCCACCAGCGACCCCCCGGCUGAAGACAUGCUGGUGGCCAUCCGGCGCGGGGUGCGGCUCCGCAGGACCGUCACCAACGACAGGUCGGCGCCCCGCAUCUUGUGAUCCCACCCUCUGGCCCAGGCGAGGCAGGUGGCCUGGUCGGUGGGCAGCGGCCACUUCAGAGCAAAGGCACAGUCAGGAGAGAGCAGAGCCAGGCAAGCUUUUUUUUUUUUUUUUUUUUGAAGUCAUAUGAGGCAAAGCUACUUUAUUGGAAAGAGACACCCAUCUUGGAUUUCAAGGUUUAAACAGGAAAUGACUUCUUUAACAAACCUCGCCAGGACGGAGCCUGCGGGCCUGGAACUUGGAUUUGGAGCCUGUUUCAACCUUUGCUUGCCCACUCUGUCCCUCCUCUUCCUCCUUCCGGGCCCUGCCUUUUCCUGGUGUGGGUGAGCCCCAGAGCCACGCUCCCUGCCCACAGCAGCAGGGCCGGGCCAGCCUCUCCCGGUCCCACCAGCCUGGGUGGGCCCACAGUGCCACCGCUUAGCUAGCCUGGCCCGGCUUCUCGCCAUCUCCCCAGGGACGGUGGCCUCGGGCUCUUCCGGAAUGCUAGCCCACCCCGCCCUGACUGAGCCCCCUCCUCCUCCCUCCUCCACCGUCUCAUCUCUCUGCCUCUCCAGGCUCCUCUCCUUCGGAGAGCAGGGCCGACGGGGAGCAGCUGUGCAGGGGCCAGGGGCCCAACCGGCUAAGGUAUCUGGUUCGCUGAGAAAGCUCUACGGGAUGGCUGGCUGUUGGGGACACGGGGUGGGGGGGGUUGGGGAGGUUGCAGCUGGGAGCCCAGCUGCCGUCGCCGCCGUCGUCGUCGUUGUCGUUGUCGGGGAAGGGGGCCUGGGCCCAAGUCAAGCCUCUUGGGGAAGACAUGCAGGGGACCUGCUUGGAGGAGGCUGGGGACCCUGAAGCAGCAUCCCCUCCCCCCAGGGGUGGCUGGGGUUGGAGGCAGGGCGGGGCUGGGCAGCGGGGAAGGAGUCCAGAGGCUAGGGGUCACCUGGCCAGUCCCCUAGGAGCUGCUUUCGGAUGCCGUGAUGGUUUCAGCCACCCCUGGGGAUGGGGGCUGGAGCUGGGGGUGGGGGGAGGGACGGGAGGGGGUUCUUUUAUGAACACACAAUAAAAUGAGCUGACCGGACAAGGACUGCUUGUGGGGACAGGGUAGACGGUACAGGGUGUGUCCAAGAGUGCCUGAGGGACGGGGUCGGGGGGGCCCACACUGGCGUUGGGCCUGUGGCAGGAGGAGGGCCUAAUGGCUCCGGAGGCCAGAGAGCAGCUCUUCUCUCCAGUGUCCGGAGCAAAGCCGCGGUGAGGUUGGAAAGGGCUGGGGGCUGGGCCUCCUGUCAGUCUGCUGCGGACCAAGGGGUGGGGGUGGGGGGCAGUGGGAGGAGAUUAGCUUUGACUCUGUUGUCAGAGGAGCCGCCCUCCCAGGAUGGUCCGGGCGGCGGGGAGCGAGGUGGCAAGUGCCCCCGCGCCAUGUUGCGCGCCAGCUCCAAGCAGGUAAAAGCACGUGUGCCAAGUGCGAGCGGAGGACUUCCUGCGGCCCCGCAAGGCAGCCCAGGGCGGCCAGGGCGGCAGGGUCACGGGGCAGGGGCCCCUCCCGGGGUCAGGAGAGCUGGCUUUUCCUGGUCUGGAUGGAGCCCAGGCUCCUGGUAGUUCUUGUGCCGGAAACUGGGGUCCAGGCACGGCAGCCAGGCGGGUGUGGGGAACCAAGGAUGCCCCUGAGUAUAUGGAGCCCCGCGGGGUCCCCGAAGGCGGGUGGAGAACGUACCUGUAAGUCGCUAGGUCGGAGAAAGGAGACUUGCUAAGCGCACCACACCUGGAGGAGGGCCGGGGCGAGGAAGGGGGCGGGAGAGCAGAUGGCCUGUAUUUGAAGGCUUGGGGCGGGGCUUACACUGCCCCUCGCCACAGGGUUUGCCCAGGUGGGCUGAUUUAAGAUGCAGGUUAUGUGAUGUGAGCAGGGUAAGGGGUAGUGGGGUGGGGGGAGAGCUGAGUCCCCAUGAGGAAGAGCUUGCCCCUGGGGAGGGGGAGGUGGCUUCGGAGACCCAGGGAGGGGGUGGGUGCGGCACAGCUGCCCCCCACCCACCCAUACUCCAGUGGCGCCCUUCCCCUCCAAGCCCCCCCGCCCCAGGGCUGUACAUAACUCCUCCAUCCCCUUGAUCGCCUCGCGUCCAUUUAGUGACCACCUUGCAGGCCCACCCCUUUGGGAUCCGAGCCAGCCAUUCCGCAUCACAAACUUUGGUUUGGGGGACUUCUUUACGUUUGUUUCAUUUUUCUUUUUGUACAGAGAAAUAUUCUUUUCAAAAAGUGUCUUUUGACUGAAGUAACUUUUCUGGUGCUGUUAACUUGUUCCUUUUUUUAAUUUAUUUCCCCACCCCAGGCUCCCCCUCCUGGUUCCUACUCACUUUUUCUUCCCUCCACCACCCCCUCACCACCCCCAUCCCAUCUGAACCAUUUUGUUUCUUUUCUUUCUGUCAGUUUUUGGAUAAAUGAUCCUCUCCUUCCCCCCCCCCACGCCCCUGCAACCCACCCUCUCCUUGAUUUAAAUAGUCACUGCUACAAGUAACAAAUGCACUGUGAAGAUUCCAGUAUUAAUAAAGUUGUACUGUAAUUAACA